AGCUAACGCUCCUCUUGAUUGGCUGACGCCCCCACCUCUCAUUCGGGGGGGUUGUUAGAGUAAUGGGGGGGAGGGGACAAAACCCCCUGGUCCGCUAUGAACAGAGACUUCAGUGUCACAGAGAAGCAGUCUAUACGGUGAGGGAGAGUGUUGGGAGCUGCAUUGGGAGACAGUCUAAAAGUGAUGGGUAGUGGACAGAGAGUCCUGGGAACUAGUAUGAGAGUCACUCUGUGAGUGUUGCUGGGAGCUGGACAAAAGGUCCUACGAACUGCACUGGGAGAUACUGGGAGAUACUGGGAGAGUGCUAGAGAUUGGACACAGAGUCAUAGAAGCUGCGCUGGGACAUACUCUGAGAGACCUGGAGACUGAAAGAGACCUGGGAACUGCACUAAGAGACACCCUGGGGACCGAGGAAACAAUCAGAAGAACUGCACAGGGAGGCACAUUUAGAAGGUGCUGACAACUGGCCAGACAGUCCUAAGACCUGCAUUGAGAGACACCCUGAGAGUGCCUGAGACUGGACAGAGGUUCCAAGGAACUGCACUGAGAGACAAUCUUACAGUGACAGGGUCUACUGAAUGUGUCAUAGAAACUUUAUGGAGAGACAAUCAUAUUGCUGAGGUGGAGAAAGUCAUAGGCACUGUAUUGUAUAAUCUUUAGAGACUGCUAGGGACUAGACAGGGAGCUUGGACAUCAAUUGACACCAAGUGUGCUGUAGCCAGGGCACAGGAGGCAGUCUGAGAGCUGCAAAGAGAGGGCAGAAAGGGAGAGAGUUUUGAAAAAUUGCACUUGCAGACAAAGCAGCAGGGACUGCAGGUAGAGAGGAAUGUGAAGGAGACAGAAGGACUUGGAACUAUAGAAAUUGUCAGGAAGGUUACUCUUGGCUGCUACACAGCAGGGCCCUCAAGAGUGCAAGCAGUAUCAGGGGCAGAGGGUGCUGCCAGGAGAUAUGCAUGGGCAGUGGCUGUGAUAGAAAGGGGGACCACGAGAGAUACCCGGCUACCCAUACCUGCAACUCCAGCUACAGUAACAUGACAAGGACUGCUGUCAGGGAGAAUAAGGAUUAGCACAGAAGAAAGGGAUGUUUUGCCCACAGCCUGUUCUGUAGGCUAUAAAAUACAAAUACUACUGUGUGCUGGGUUUGCUUUGUGGAAAACCAGGUGGACAUAAAUGACCAUUGAGUGGGCAUCUAUAGACACUGGGAAAGGGCAUUAGAGGGCAGCUAGAGUACUGUACUCAGUUGCAAGGUGCUCCCAAUCUAACUGGAACAGAACAGUGCAGUCUCUUUUGAAGAUGAGGUUGCCUUCUCUUUUCUGGAUUUUCAUCUCUAUGGUGUGGCGUGCACAAGGCAUGGUGCCUCUGGAAGAUUUUUACCCCUUUGGUACAAAAGAGGGGGACACUGUGACCCGCAGGCAAGACGAUGGGGGAUCUGGGCUACUGCCAAUUUCCAAAGCCUUCACGUUUUUCGGUGACAAGCACAGUGGUCUCUAUGUGAAUAACAAUGGGGUGGUGUCCUUCCUCCGGGAGGUGUCCCAGUUUACUCCUGUGGCAUUUCCUAUCUCUGGUGACCGCCGUGUGGUGGCUGCAUUUUGGGCAGAUGUGGAUAACCGUAGGGGUGGCAAUGUGUUCUACCGCGAGACAGAGGAUCUUGUGAUUGUGGAUCGUGCCACUAGGGAUGUACGCACAUACUUCCCAGAACUGCCAGACUUUCACUCUACUUGGGUCUUCAUUGCCACUUGGCACCGUGUCACUUUCUAUGGUGGUGAUUCUACUUCACCUGUUAACACCUUUCAGAUUGUGCUGAUCACAGAUGGCCUUCGCUCCUUCACCAUUUUUAAUUAUGAAACAAUUGAAUGGACAACAGGCCGGCAUGCCAGCAGUGGUGGAGACAGUUCUGGUAGAGGGGGCAUCGCUGCACAGGCAGGCUUUAAUGCAGGGGAUGGCUGGAGGUACUUUAAUAUCCCUGGCUCUCGCACUGAUGACAUUGCAAGAAUUGCAAACACGACCAAUGUAGGGGUUCCUGGACGCUGGGUGUUCCGUAUAGACAACAACCAUGUGCAGGUUGGGGAAUGCAGGAAUGCAACUUCUGUGUGCUGGACUCUACGUCCCUGCCAGAAUGGGGGUCGCUGCAUCGAUGACUGUGUGACUGGGAAUCCCUCAUACACUUGUUCUUGCCUUAGCGGCUUCACUGGAAAGCACUGCCACAUUGACAUGGGGAAAUGCUACUCCCAGCCCUGUCAGAAUGACGGAACCUGUGUGGAUGAGCCUGGAAGCUUCACCUGUCUGUGUACCUCAGAUUUUACAGGAACCUUAUGUGAGACAGAGGUAUCGCCCUGCACAUAUAUGACCUGUCAUAAUGGUGGGGAGUGCGAGGAUCAUAAUGGAAUUGCAGUAUGCGUGUGUCAGCGAGGAUACACAGGUGACAACUGUGAUACAGAACUCUUGCCAUGCUCUUCCUCUCCUUGUUUGAAUGGUGGGUCCUGCGAGAAUAUUGAUGCUGGGUUUCGCUGUCAGUGCGCUUUGGGAUUUACUGGAACACACUGUGAAAAAGAACCCAGCGCAUGCUUUUCGUCUCCCUGUAUGAAUAACGGAGUCUGCAAGGAUGUGGGUGCUGGAUACAUCUGUGUGUGUGUUCAGGGAUUCACUGGAAUGUAUUGUGAAACAGAGAUCAGGCCAUGUUCUUCAGCUCCAUGUUUAAACAGAGGUGUGUGCAGAGAGAAUGGCGAGACUUACAGCUGUCAGUGUGCACGCCGAUUCACCGGAAAGCAUUGCGAGACAGAGAUCAGACCUUGUUUUUCUAAUCCCUGUAUGAACAUGGGGACAUGUGAGGACAUGAGUGAAGGUUAUAGCUGUAUCUGCACAGAAGGUUACACUGGAAUCCACUGUGAGACAGAGUUAAGACCCUGCUAUUCAUCCCCUUGCCUUAAUGGGGCAUUGUGCAAGGACUUUGGCAUUACUUACAGCUGUGUGUGUGCAUGGGGGUUCACUGGUGCACGAUGUGAGACAGAGCUGCACCCAUGCUUUUCUUCUCCUUGCCUGAAUGGAGCAACAUGCAGAGAUGUCGGUUUUGCUUACAGCUGUCAGUGUGCACAGGGAUUCACAGGGAUGCACUGUGAGACAGAGAUCAAGCCAUGUUUUUCAUCCCCUUGUCUGAACGGAGGGACCUGUGAGGACCUGGCAAUCAGCUUUGCCUGUUUAUGUGCAGAGAGAUAUACUGGCUUGCACUGCGAGACAGAGAUACAGCCUUGCUUUUCCUCUCCAUGCCUGAAUAGAGGAAUCUGUAAUAAUGAAGGUGCAUUUUACAGCUGUACAUGUGCAGAGGGCUUUACAGGAGAAAACUGUGAAAAAGAGGUGAGCCCUUGCCUUUCUUCUCCCUGUCUGAAUGGAGCAACCUGCAUUGACAUGGGUGCAAGUUACAGCUGCAUGUGCCCACAGGCCUUCACUGGGGCGCUCUGUGACACGGAGAUACCAAGCCCAUGUACAUCAAAUCCUUGUGAGAACAAAGGUGUGUGCAGGGAGGCAGAAGGAGGCUACUUGUGUGACUGCCCCGCAGGUUUCAGUGGCAUGCACUGCGAGCACCGUGUGUCCGAUGACUGCCCCUGCAGGAAUGGAGGGCGAUGUGCAGAUGGAAACAGCACUUGUCACUGCCCGCCAGGACACUUUGGGCUUCUCUGUGAAUAUGAGGUCACCUCGCUACCGUGCAGCAUGGGUUCACAGUGUCCAGAUGGCGGAUCCUGCAUGGAAUAUGGUGGAAGUUACUUGUGUGUGUGUCACACAGAUUACAUCCUUAGUAACCACUCAAUACCCUCACCCUGUGACUCGGAUCCCUGCCUGAAUGGUGGAACAUGUGAAUCUCUAGAUGAUGCAUAUACAUGUGCCUGUCCCCGUGGCUUCAAUGGAAGACUUUGUGAGAAAGUAAAGCCAGCUCUGUGCAGCCUAUCACCUUGCCGCAAUGGGGGCACCUGCAAGGAGUCACGAGAAGAAUAUUAUUGCGUUUGUCCCUAUCCAUUCACUGGAAAACACUGUGAGACUGGUAUGAGGGGCCCUUGUUCGUCAGGUCCGUGUAAUAAUGGUGGUACAUGUUUCCAUUAUCUUGGGAAAUACAAGUGCGACUGCCCACCAAACUUCUCUGGGCGACACUGUGAGAAAGCAGAAUUGGACUGUGGAGCCCCAGAGCAGGUAAAAUAUGCGAAGAUGAUUGUGACAUCUACACUGCCGGGGGGUCGAGCAGAAUAUCACUGUAAUGAAGGCUAUGUGCUCAGUACUCCAAACAACACUAGUGUGUGCAGUGAGGAAGGGACAUGGAGCUUGCCCCCAGAGUGUGAAGAAAUAGACGAGUGUGCAUCUCAUCCCUGCCAUAAUGGGGCAUCCUGCAAGGACCGGAUUUCCCACUUUAUCUGUGAAUGCCAGAAAGGGUACAGUGGAAAGUAUUGUGAGCAAGAAACUAAUGAGUGUCUGUCACAGCCAUGUAAAAAUGGGGGUACCUGUCAGGAUUUGCCUGGGACCUUCAAAUGUAUUUGUCCUGAGGGUUUCACUGGAUCUUAUUGUGAGACAGAGGUGGAUGGAUGUGACUCUUCUCCGUGCCAGAAUGGAGGCUUGUGUGAGAACCUGGCGGGUUCUUAUCUGUGCGUGUGUCCCCGCGGCUUUUUUGGCUAUCACUGUCAGACAGUGAGUGACAUGUGCCUGUUGAACCCCUGCGGUAACCGUGGGGUAUGUGUGUCCAGCGCAGAUGGAUUGAUGAGCUGCACCUGCAGAACGGGGUACACUGGAACCAUGUGUGAGAAAGAGCUGCUGCCGCCAUUGUCACUGUCUCUGGGUGCGGUUGGAGAAAACAGUGUUUGGGUGUUCUGGACCCCCCCAGAAGAUGGCACUGGGCAUGUACUGGAUGGGUUUGCAGUCAGUUACACUGCCCCAGAUGGCUUAUCUAGAACAGACUUUGUAGAAAGAGCUCACACUGAACACGAGCUGCGGGGGCUUAGUCCUGGCCGCUCUUAUAACAUCACAAUAGUAACAGUAAAGCGCAACUUGCGGCACAAUGAUAUCAGUCGCCCCCUCUACCUCACAGCACGAACACGGCCACCUAACGUUGACAGGCCGAGGAUUAAUUCUGUCAUGGACACAUCUGUCUCAGUUUCCUGGUCACUAAGUCCUCACAGACACACAUCUAUUGCUCGUGUUCGUCUGUUUCUCCAGCACCCAACGGAGCCGCCCCAGCAGGCAGAGCAGGAGCCAUCAGCAGGAGAAUAUAUCUUCAGGGAUCUACGUCCUGGAGAAAAAUACAGCGUCCAAAUUAGCACCUUGAGCCGCUCUGACCCCAGCCACCCAGCCACAGAAAGCCUGCCCAGUGCACCUUUGAUAGCCUGGACACGUCCACACCCACCUUCCAACCUUACGGCAGCUCUUGUCACAGCCAAUUCUGUGCAUCUAAUUUGGGAGCAACCUCCUCAUGGGUCAGUGGAUGGCUAUAUCUUCAAUGUGACCAAUAAUCACAGUACAAAGAGCCGGUAUGUUCCCAGUGGAAAGAUGACUUCAUAUACAGUCCGUGACUUGCAGGCCGGCCAACGCUACCGGAUAACAGUGACUGCACUACGCAACACUCCCCAGGGCCCAGUGAACAGUGAGCCCAAGACAGUGCGUCCACAGACACUGCAAAGGGAGGGACCUCAGGAGCGUCGUUGGACCCCCCCUAGAAUUCUGCGGAACAGGCCUCCUCCACAGCCACAUCAGGAGGUGCGACUGCUGACAGAAAGGGGUCCUCCUCCUGCUGAUACUCCACAGCCGCACCGAUUCACAGAGCUGAACGAUGGGCGCCGUCGUAUUUCAGCAAGGUUCAGCCAUCGUACCAAUAAAGCUAUUAAUGUUACAAAAGAGCCAGACCCUCCAGUCAAAAUUGAGAGCUCAGACGAAGCUGCUAUUCCUGUGAGGCAGGCGCUGCAGCUACAGGACCCUGAGCAAAGAAGCAAAGAAGGAGAACGACUGGGCUGCCUGGAGACCCCGUGUCUUAAUGGAGGGACCUGUGUGAAUGGAGACACUUGUGACUGUCCUCUGGGAUUUAAAGGGCAGCAAUGCCAGUUGGCCUGCAGAAAGGAGACCUUUUCCUGCACAAGACUGAUUUCUGAGACAACAUCACACCCAGUGUGGGAGGGAGGAAUCUGCCACCACCUGUACAGAAGAGUUUACAAGGUACAGAAUGAUGUGUGCAGCAGGGAGGUUUGUGAAGGUACCAGCAGAAGCAGAGCAAGUGAGUGGACUCUUUUGGUUACAAUUACAGAAAGCAGAAUCCCUUCCAAGCCCUGAACAGCUGAAACUGUUUAAAAGCACUGAAUUUUGCAGGGGGGGAAGGUCUUAAUCAUCACACUGCCCCAAGGGGGACACUAAGCUUGUCUCCACCUUCCCAAUAUUCAGAGACUCUGUGGCCUCUCUCUUAUUGUGCAGUGGCAUUGCCAGUACUGGCCUUGUGGCACUAGCCUUUGCAUCCCUGCGGAGCAGCCCUCCUUCACAUCCUCCUCUAAGGGUUCAGAAGAGCAGCAUUCCCUCCUCUCCCUGGACAAAGAUCUUACUUCUCAUAAUUCUGAUGGAAGAUCUGGAGACAAUUGUUUUUUAUGGACAUACGGAGCAUGGUUUGGCUCUGUUAUUGAAUGCACACCUUGUAUCAGAUCCUAAACAGCAACAAACAUGUCAAGUGUAAGCAGCUGCAAUCCAGUCCCGUCUGUACAGCAUUGGUACAGACUACUACUACUACUAGAGCCAAGGACCUGCAGCACGAGAUACCCCAGUUCAGGGGCCCCAAAGCACAGAGCUGUAUGACACACACUGCCUGAAAGCCCUACAGUAUGUACCACAGAACCUCACUACAUUAGAGUAGCUGCUUAAUUAGCCCCUUAUCUCAGUGUGUCACGGAUGCGCGGUAUUCUCCAGCUUAUUAACCAUCUAAAACUGGUCCCUUCCUGCACCAGUAUGGUGACAGGGUUAUUCCAUUCAGCAUUCCCAUGUCCACAGGAGCUUGGUGGUACUAUGUCCAUCUCAAGUCUAUAACAUAAUGUACAUGGACAGCUGCUACACCUUUAGGUUAUAGCGUGGACUGGAUGGUUCUAUGUAAUUACAGCAUCAGGGUGCUUUAGAUUGUCAGCUCUCUGUAAGAAAUGUUCCCAGUAAUGACACAAGCAUAGAAACAACAGCCCUAAAACUGAAAGGCACUGGGUCUGGAACUCAUUCCCUUGUACUUCCUGCUACUUUGUUAGUCCCUACCACUAAUGUCAACUUCACCUGUGCAGUCAGCAUUGUACGGUGGCCCAUGAGGACAAAGCACAAACUGGGAGGCCAAUACCAAAUCAGCCAGAACCCAAGUGCCAGACCUGUAGAGCGGGCUUAGAGUGCUGUAAGUUUGCAAUCACUGAGCUGCCCUAAACAAAGGUACAUUAUAUUCACAUACAUUGCAGGUUACAGAGUCUACCUUAUGUUAUUAUUCUUGCAUUCUCCUUAGAUUCACCACUGAUCUCACUGCAAGAAGGGGUUAAUAAACCAAAUGGAUUGGUAUUAAUCCAGUAGGUGCCCACACACAGUAUCACUUCAGGAGCCCCAGGGAUUUCAGAUCUCUAGUUUAGCAGUGAGAUCUCCUAUCAUACGGAGUGCUUACAGCAAGGCAGGGCGAGGCGCAAAUUAUUUUUAAAUUCACAGCAAAUUAGGUUGCGCCUCCAGGUGAGGUGAUGACAAUACAUGUGGCUGAGCUUUCAGCUAUUUUAGUGUGGUUGUCCAGGCGACUAAGUUUUCUAAUAAAACAUUUUAUUAAAAAA